AUGUCAGCCCCUAAGCCUUCCACCGAAAAUGUUAUUGUCGUCAUUCGUUGCCGGCCCUUUUCAGAAAGAGAACGGCAAGCAGGUCACAAAAAAGUGGUGAAAAUUGAUCCCCAAACCGCUUCCAUUUCACUCACAAAUCCCAAGACCGAAUCCGAUAUCAAGAACUUUACUUUUGAUGCGGCCUUUGAUGAAGAUUCACGACAGGUGGAAGUGUAUGAUGCUACUGCGAGAAUUAUCGUUGAUGCGGUUUUGGGUGGUUUCAAUGGGACCGUUUUCUGCUAUGGUCAGACUGGAACUGGAAAGACGUUUUCCAUGCAGGGCAUAAGUGAUGUUCCAGAUCUCCGUGGUAUCAUCCCCCAAGCCUUCCAUCACAUCUUUGACCACAUCUCGCACCGCUCUACCGAAAAGAAGUUUUUAGUACGCGUAUCGUUUCUUGAAAUUUAUAACGAAGAAAUCAAAGAUCUGCUGGUAAAGCAAACCAAGGGACAGAAAGUCAGUGGUUUGGAUCUAAAAGAACACCCGGAAACAGGGGUGUACGUAAAGGACUUGAGCGCUCAUGUUGUGAAAAGUGUUCCAGAAAUGGAGGAUCUCAUGACAAUUGGAAAUAAGAAUCGAUCUGUAGGCGCAACCUUAAUGAACGAGAAUUCAUCUCGCUCACAUUCAAUAUUCACGAUCACGGUCGAGAGUGCUGAACCGGGAGAGGACGGAAAAGAUCGGAUUGUGGCUGGCAAGUUACAUCUAGUGGAUCUAGCCGGGAGUGAGAGGCAGAGCAAAACUGGAGCGAGUGGGGAUAGGUUGAAGGAGGCGACAAAAAUUAACUUGAGUUUGAGUGCAUUGGGAAAUUGCAUCAGCGCGUUGGUAGAUGGAAAGAGCUCCCAUGUUCCUUACAGAGAUUCGAAACUUACGAGACUGCUUCAGGACUCUCUCGGAGGCAACGCUAAAACAUUAAUGAUAGCAACUCUCUCACCCGCUUCAUACAACUACGAUGAAACUCUCUCAACUCUCCGAUACGCCAACCGCGCCAAAUCCAUCAAGAACAAGCCAAAGAUCAAUGAAGACCCGAAGGAUGCCAUGUUGCGUCAGUACCAGGAGGAAAUUGAAAAAUUGAAGCUGGCGCUUGCUGCCAGGCAAAAAGGAGCGGGCGCGGAGGGCGCAGGCGUACCUCAAGUUAUUACCAAAAUUGUUAAAAAGAGAGUUGUUAAAAAGGUACCCAAGUUAGUGCCCAAAAUCAGCGAACGGAAAGGAGUGGAUGAAUUCGGCAAGCAAGAAUCUGACGCGGUUGGAAUAUGUAUCUUUGCUCAUAAUCCCCUUUCGAACCUCGACCCUGAGACCAUCACACGCCUCCAAGCUCAGGUUGAAGCAGAAAAACGAGCCCUGCUAGUGUCCAAAGACAUUCUCACAUCAGAGAAGAAUCGCAUAGCAGCUGAGCUGGAGAAAAGAGCUCAAGAGCUCGAAACAGAGCGCACCAUGCGUGAGACACUCUCGCAAAAGCUCAAAUCACUAGAAACGCAACUGAUCAUUGGCGGAGGAGACAUUGGAGGUUUUCUGCAGCACGUGGAGCACCAAGAGCGGCAACUGGAAGAAACGGCCACCAAGCUUGAACAGCAACUCCAUCGUGAACGGAUCCUAGAAGAACAAUUGGAGGCUCGGCAAGAAGUUCAACUUCAAAUGGAGGAACACUAUGCCUCUCUCCAAGAGGAGGUAGACAUUAAAACCAAAAAACUGGCAAAGCUCUUUGCUAAACUUCAGGCGGCAAAGACCGAAAUCUCCGACCUAGAAGACGAAUUUCGCGCUGAGCGUGAAGAUUUUAUUGAUACCAUUCGUGAAUUAUCCCGAGAAUUGGGAUUAAAAACAGCAAUAAUCGAAAACUUUGUUCCCGUUGAAGAGAAAAUAAAGAUCGAGCGACGCGCUAUAUAUGACGAGGAGAGCGAUGAAUGGGUUUUAGAACCGUUCAGAGAUCGAAAUCUGGAUAGGCGAAUCCCAAGACCGUGUAGUUUAGGUGCAGGUGUCGUGAAGAGGCCUCUGUGUAGAUAUGCGAGAAUGAUGAUCAGUUUAGGCAUCGAGAGCAUCAGAUAUCGACCCGAUAAUAUCGUAACAUUACCGCUUGAUAUGCCAGAACACGCAAGCAUCAACAACUCGGUACCUCGCCAACAUCCCACAGCAUCCCAAACGCUGAAAGGUGCCCUCGACUACGUGCUGGCCGCUGACGACGGCGAAGAAAUCUUGGUGGCUGAUACGGAGGUACCCGACUAUGGGAUACGACAACGAGCGAGGGCUGGUGCAUCGAUGCAUUCCAAGCGCAAGGAUGGCAGUGACGGGCGGAGAUCGGGAAAGGUGGCAAAAUAGAAUUAGUUACGUGGAUGCACAGGGCAUGUAUUUACUUUUGUUAGAGGGCUGGGCCAUGUAAGAUGACUUGGACGGUGUUGCCGUCAUUGUGCUUAAUUGAUGUGAUAAAUACAAGAAAAGAAUCACUAAAUUACAACUCCC